UUCUAUUCCCUCUCCACCUAACUCCGAUUAUAAUCCUCGAGGAAUUCACUUUUGGGUUCAGUUGAAUCGAGCUCGGAUUUCGCGUUCAUGGUGACUUUGAAUCUCUCUGUGGUGAUCAAGAACCCUAGAAACGACGCCGAGUUCCUGCUCGUGUUGCAGGAGCGGCCGCGGGAAUUCGGGGAGGAAGAGUACGAUUCCUACGUUGAUUCCGAUCUCUGGGACUUACCAUUUACGAGGUUGAAGCCUUUAGAAGGAGAAAAUCGCCGUAGGUACACUGUUUCUGUCGCGGAAUCAUGCUCGGAUGAGGUCGAUUUGGGGAAUUUUGAUCUGGAAUCCGCUUUGAAUCGGGUGUUGGCGAAAUUGGGAUUUGAUUUCAGUGAUGUGGGAGAGUGGAGAUUCUUCAAGCGUGUGAAGGAGCCUGAGUUUGGACCUGACUCGUGCCUCCAUACUUGUUUUCUCACGGGGAAGCUGUUAAAUUCGGACAGAACUCUGCAAGAGCACUGUAAAUGGAUGUCUAUGGAAGCAUGCCUGGAAUAUCUUGUAGAUGUAAAACCUGGCAGUGAUCGUGUUGGACCGUUAGUGUUUCUUGGUCUUGAGGAUGAUUCGGUUCUGUCUAUGAAGCUGAAAAAAUCACCCUCUUUGCCACUCCAGGAGUAUCCGCCCGGUGUUAUGCUCGUGCCGAUGCAUAGCAGGACACAAAAACCAUUUAAAACAACAAAUCUGAUAGUGAUCGCACCGGAAAACGAUCGUGGAGACAUUCAAGGGACUGAUUUUGUUGCUUCUGGAGAUGCAUUGAUAGUGGAUCCUGGAUGCCACUAUCAGCUACACGAAGAGCUCAAGAGCAUUGUUGCUGCUUUACCUAGAAAGCUAAUUGUCUUUGUUACUCAUCACCAUCCUGAUCACAUUGAUGGUCUCUCUGCUGUACAAGAAUCCAACCCGGACGCUAUUCUACUGGCGCAUGUAAAAACCAGGGAUCGUAUUGGACCAGAUUGUUGGUCUCGUGGCUAUACCCCAGUUUCUGGAGGAGAAGAUAUCUAUGUCAACGGUCAGAUAUUGAGGGUCAUUUUUGCCCCGGGACAUACAGAUGGCCAUAUGGCGCUACUUCAUCUCUCCACUCAUUCUCUGAUUGUUGGAGAUCACUGUGUUGGUCAAGGAAGUGCUGCCUUGGACAUCACUUCUGGUGGGAACAUGACAGAGUACUUUCAAUCAACAUAUAAAUUCUUGGAGCUCUCUCCACAUGUGUUAAUUCCAAUGCAUGGAAGGAUCAACCUGUGGCCGAAGCACAUGCUUUGCGAAUAUCUCAAAAAUCGGCGGAGCAGAGAAGAAUCCAUCCUUAAGGCCAUUGAAGGUGGAGCUCGGACAUUGUUCGACAUAGUUGCCCGUGUCUACGCUGGAGUGGACCGCAAGCUCUGGCUUCCUGCUGCUUCUAACGUAAGGCUUCAUAUCGAUCAUCUCGCCCGAGAAAACAGACUUCCAGAGGAUUUCUCGAUGCAGGGGUUCAAAGGGACUUGCGGAUUGCGUUUUGUGGUUAGAUGGGGAUUGGAAUGUGUCGGAAGUCAGAUGGGUAAGGCUGGUUUUGCUAAGUUACUGGUCGCUGGAGCUAUUGCCUUAGGCUCUGUGUUGUAUUUGGACAAAAGGAAGAAGAACUCUCUUUAGUCAUUUAUCCAUCCACGAACUCAGCCAUGUAAAAAUAGAAAAUAAGUCAAAUUCCGUAGUUAAGUGAUAAAUGGUAAAUUCAUGGAAAAUUACAAUC